UCAUUCAACCAAAACGCAUCGCAAUGGAUUGGUUUCAAAAAGGUUCUAAAUCACGAGACAAAAACGACACCGAAAGUCUCGGAAUAACAUUCGAACCCAUCAUAUUCCAUCCCGAGAUUAAUGAAUAUGAGACGUGCAUCAAACUUCCAGGAUGCCAAAAGGAUCAGAUAAAGGUAACUUACGAGAAGGCGACGAGGAAGCUCAAGGUGCAGGGAAAAAAGCAGAACACGGAAUUUGUUAAAGAAUUCUCCGCUCCGGCCGACUGCUUAGUCACCGGAAUCUAUGGCCGAUUUUGCGGCGAUGUUCUUCGCAUUAUUAUGCCAAGAAUGCUCUCUGAUCGGUCACCUUCUAAUGAUGCCUCUUCAAAGCAAGAAGACGAUCAAAAGGCUUCUUCUGAUCGGGAAGCGGCGGAGCACGCAGGGGGACAUUGCGAUAAAUUGCCUGCUAGGGUUCCGGCACCACCGCCGUCUGAUCAGAGAUCGACCGAUGAAGUUAAGGAAAUAGGAGGAGAAAAUCAACGGAGAUCUAUGGAUAAGAUGCUACCGGCCAAACGCAAAUGGACAGCUUCUGAAGAUGCCUCUUCAGAGAAAGAAGAUGAUCAGAAGGCUUCUUCGGAUGGAAAAGCGACGGCGGAGGCAGGGGAUUGUCGCGAGAAAUCGCCUGUUAGGGCGCCGGCGGAUCCGGAAUCGUCGGAGAAAUCGAGGCAAAGAGAUAAUGAACUAUUCCCCGAAAUCUCAGCACCACGGCCGUCCGCUAUUGAACCAAGACGCUCAGUAAGGGAACUCAGAGAAAAUUACCAAAAGAAUAUCUCUGAAAUUGCCGCACCACCACCACCACCUCCACCUCCACCAUCACCUCCCCGUUCAUCGUCCCGUGCGGCGGCUACGACGCCAUGGAAUCGGAAAACCACUGGCAUCAAAGCAAGAAAAGAAAAGGAAGAAGAUCAAAAGCCACCGUCAACGGGAGACGCUGAAUCGGAGAAAUCAAUCCUCGAAUCUCAGAAGAACGAGAAGAAGACAGACCAAGAAGUUGCUAAAAAGGCGAAAAUCGUCACUGAAUCAAAAGAAAAUAAAGAAAGUGAAGAGAAAAAACCUAGCGCCGGCGGGAACGUAAUAUUCGAGAUGCUGGCGAAAGUGAAAGAGACCGGCAAGGCGGCGGUGGCGAAGGUGAAAGAGACCGGCGAGGCGGUGGCGAAGGUGGCGAUGAAGGAAGAAAACCGGCCAGCUGUGAUGAUUGGGGCUGCUCUUUUAACCAUUGUGGUAAUUGGAGCUUCGUUGAGGUCCGCCAGAAAAAACAAAAAAUAAUUAAUAUGUAAACAAUGUAAAUUUCGUUGAAUCUAUAUGCAAUAAAUGAUAAUUAAUUUCACAAUAAUUUAUUUGAUAUAGCUUA